AUGAAAUCAUGUGAAGAUUUGUGUUUGUGUGAUGAAAAGGAUGGUUCCUUAUUUGUGAACUGUGAAGAGAAAGGCAUUACACAAUUAUCAGAAAUCAAAGUACCCCAGUCUCCAUAUCUAGAGCUUAACCUUUUAAACAAUGGUUUGUAUAAGUUACAUUUAAAUGAGUUUUUGGAAUUCAGCAAUUUAAUUUCUUUACACCUUGGAUUUAAUAACAUUGUGGAGAUUGAACCAGGAGCAUUUAAUGAUCUACGCAUGCUGAAGAAACUUCAUAUUAAUCACAACUCACUUGAGACACUCAGAGAAAAUACUUUUCUUGGACUUGAGAAUCUGGAAUUCCUCCAAGCAGAUAAUAACUUUAUUACUACCAUUGAAGCAAAUACAUUCAGCAAGCUUAACAGACUGAAAGUUCUAAUCCUAAAUGAUAAUGCCAUUAACUUUUUGCCAGCAAAUAUUUUUCGCUUUGUACCUUUGACUCAUUUGGACUUAAGAGGAAAUCAACUACAAACUCUUCCUUAUGUUGGAUUUCUAGAGCACAUUGGAAGGAUAUUAGAACUUCAGUUGGAGGACAAUAAAUGGAUUUGCAACUGUGAAUUAUUACAGCUAAAAAUCUGGCUGGAAAAUAUGCCUCAACAGUCUUCAAUAGGUGAUGUUAUUUGCUAUAAUCCUCUAGAGCUUAAAGGUGCUAUUCUGCGAAAAUUGAAGAAAGAGAUGUUCUGCAUUACAACUCCUAGUAGUGACCUAGAGGAACCCUCCGUACCGUUAUCAUUGUUAGGUACAUCUUCCAUUAGUGAUGGACAGAUACCAACAAAGUUAACUCUCCUUCCAAAGAUUCCAACUAAAGAAACCUAUGUAUUCCCAAAGGCUUCUACUGUACCUCCUGGAAUUUACUGUCCUAUUCCAUGCCAUUGUUCUAACACUGGUUUCUCUGGUACUUUAAUUCAUUGUCAAGAACGGAACAUUGAAAGUAUGUCUGACCUCGAACCGCCUCCUGUAAAUCCAAGAAAGUUAAUUUUGGCAGGCAAUAUUAUUCACAGAAUUUAUAAAAAUGAUUUUACUGAGUAUGGAACAUUAGAAAUGAUUCAUUUAGGCAACAAUCAAAUUGAAAGAAUUGAAGAACUGUCUUUUCAGAACUUGACUAAAUUGCAGAAGAUGUACUUGAAUGGAAACCAUCUUAGAAGUUUAAAUCCUGGAAUAUUUAUGGGUCUUAUUGCCAUUGAGUACUUAUAUUUGGAAUACAAUGCUAUUAAGGAAAUUAUACCUGGAACUUUUUCCGUAAUGCCAAAAUUGAAAGCCCUCUACCUGAAUAACAAUUUUCUGAAAACAUUACCAGAGAAUGUGUUUUCAGGGGUCCCAUUAACAAAGCUAAACCUUAAAUCUAACCAGUUUGUAAGCAUCCCAGUUAGUAAUGUUUUAGAAGAUCUGAGUUUGCUGACCCAAAUUGAAAUUCAAGACAAUCCAUGGGAUUGCACAUGCAACAUACUUGGAUUAAAAAACUGGAUCCAAAAUCAUAAAAUACUUGUUGUCAGUGAGAUUUUGUGUCAUUCUCCUAGAGAGCUAGCAAAAAUUGAAUUGAAAUCUCUGGACAAAGAAGAUUUAUGCCCUGAAUUAAUAAAUAAUCCAGUGUUCCCUACUGAAAGUUUCAGCAAUCUUACUCCACCUUUCACAGCUGCAAAUCAAGUUGACAAUUUACUAAAAUCUCUGUCUGAUUACAUACCCCUUUCCGUUUUAAUCCUCGGCCUUCUAAUUCUUUUAAUAACAGCUGUACUUUGCUCUGCUGGAAUAAUUGUUCUUGUGUUGCAUAGGAGGCAACGCUACAAGAAGAAACAGGAAAAUGGACAAAUAAGAGAAGCAAACCCUGUCCACAUCCAGUACAGUAUGUAUGGCCAUAAAAAACAACUCACCACACCACAGAAAGGCCAGCAUCAACUAUUUCUGAACAUCGGAUAUCAAAUCCAAUUGUUCAGGUGUAUCAAACACCCCCAUUCACACCAAAACAUUUAG